UUGUCCCCAGAGCUGGGAGGCUUUCCUCAGCCUUUUGAGACCCGAGCCUUUCAGAAGGCUCCCUGCUUCUGAAAGCCCGUCCUGCCCAGCCUGCCAUGAGGGGGCGUGGCCUCUGGCCUCACGCUUUUGUCACUCGAGGUUUGCGCUCCUACCGGGGUCCCUUUCCCAGGGCCCAGGGCGGCGCGGGACGCCCCCGUGUGGCCGAGGGACGCAGCGCCGGCGGUGGGCAAGAUGGCGGCGGGCCCGAGCACCGCCUCUUCCGCCGUGCCUGGCGUCGCACGAGGCCGGCUUGAAGGGGAAGUGAGUCAGUGUCCGCGGACCCGGCCGGCCCAGGCCCGCGUCCGCCGCGGCCCUGAGGCCCUGGCCCGGCGGCAGCGGCGGCGACAGCCAUGGCCGGGGGGCCGGGACCGGGGGAGCCCGCAGUCCCCGGCGCCCAGCACUUCUUGUACGAGGUGCCGCCCUGGGUCAUGUGCCGCUUUUACAAAGUGAUGGACGCCCUGGAGCCCGCUGACUGGUGCCAGUUCGCGGCCCUAAUCGUGCGUGACCAGACCGAGCUGCGACUGUGUGAGCGCUCUGGGCAGCGCACGGCCAGCGUCCUGUGGCCCUGGAUCAACCGCAACGCGCGCGUAGCCGACCUCGUUCACAUCCUCACGCACCUGCAGCUGCUGCGUGCGCGGGACAUCAUCACGUCCUGGCACCCUCCUACCCCCUUUCUGCCCCCAAGCACCACUGCUCCGAGACCCAGCAGCAUCUCAGCACCCUUUGAGGCCGAGUCCUGGAGUCCCCGGAAGUUGCAGCCUUCCACCUCCACCCUCCUCUCCCCAGCUUUUCCAGGCCUCCAGACCCAUUCAGGGCCAGAGCUCUGCCCAGUCCCAAGCCCUGCUUCCCUCCAGCCACUACUGCCAUCUCCAGCCCCUUCCUCUACCAAGGCAAGCCCAGAGAGCCAGGUGUCUCUCCUGCAGAGGGCCCACCCGUCCCCUUUCUGCUGGCCCCUCUGUGAGAUUUCCCAGGGCACCCGCAACUUCUCCGAGGAGCUCAGGAUCGGGGAGGGCGGUUUUGGGUGUGUGUACCAGGCGGUGAUGAGGAAUACCAUGUACGCUGUGAAGAGGUUGAAGGAGGAGGCUGACCUAGAGUGGACUGUGGUGAAGCAGAGCUUCCUGACGGAGGUGGAGCAGCUGUCAAGGUUUCGUCACCCAAAUAUUGUGGACUUUGCUGGCUACUGUGCUGAGAGUGGCUUCUACUGCCUUGUCUACGGCUUCCUGCCCAAUGGCUCCCUGGAAGACCGACUCCACCUUCAGGCCUGCCCCCCUCUCUCCUGGCCUCAGCGACUGGACAUCCUUCUGGGCACAGCCCGAGCCAUUCAGUUUUUACAUCAAGACAGUCCCAGCCUCAUCCAUGGAGACAUCAAGAGUUCCAAUGUCCUUCUGGAUGAGAGACUGAUGCCCAAGCUGGGAGACUUUGGCCUGGCUCGUUUCAGCCGCUUUGCAGGGGCCAAUCCUGGCCAGAGCAGUGCUGUGGCCCGGACACGCACUGUGAGAGGCACCCUGGCCUACCUGCCUGAGGAGUACAUCAAGACAGGACGCCUAGCUGUGGACACUGAUACCUUCAGCUUUGGGGUGGUAGUGCUGGAGACCCUGGCUGGCCAGAGAGCUGUGAGGACGCAUGGUACCAGGACCAAGUAUCUGAAAGAUCUGGUUGAAGACGAGGCCGAGGAGGCUGGGGUGACCCUGAAAAGCACCCAGACCACUCUCCAAGCAGGUGUGGAUACCUGGGCUGCUCCUAUUGCUGCCCAAAUCUACAAGAAGCACCUGGACCCCAGGCCUGGGCCAUGCCCACCCCAGCUGGGCCUGGCCUUGGGUCAGCUGGCUUGCUGCUGCCUGCACCGCCGGGCCAAGAGGAGGCCCCCCAUGACCCAGGUGUACAAGAGGCUGGAGGGGCUACAGGCAGCAGGAUCAGGGCCUCCUUCGGAGCCAGAGGCCGCUGGCCACAGCCCCCCUUCCCCACAGGAGAACUCCUACAUGUCCACCACUGGCAGUGCCCAGAGUGGGAGUGGCCCAUGUCAGCCUCUGGCAGUGCCCUCAGGAGCACCAGCCCAGGCUGCCCAGCAGCUCCAGAAAAGCCCCAACCAGCCUGUGGAGAGUGACGAGAGUAUAUCCAGUCUCUCUGCUUCCCUGCACUCCUGGCACUUGACCCCAGGCUGCCCCCCAAGGCCGGCACCCCUCAAAGAGGUUGACUGUACUGAGAGGGGCACCGCUGGAGAAUCAAGCUGGGGAAGUGGCCCAGGCCUCCAGCCCACAGCUGUGGAAGUAUCACCAGUGGUCAGCUGUGCAUCGUCAUCGUCAUCAUCGUCAUUGUCAGAGCCACCUCGGAUCAUCAUCAACCCAGCCCGACAGAAGAUGGUACAGAAGCUGGCCCUUUAUGAGGAUGGGGUCUUGGACAGCCUACAGCUACUGUCGUCAGGCUCCUUCCCAGGCUUUGGCCUGGAACAUGAAAACAGACAGGGACCUGAAGAGAGUGAUGAAUUUCAGAGCUGAAUUCUUCACCUGGGCAGAUUCCCCACACUGGGAAGUCAAAGUUCUCAUGGUUGGAAGUUCUCAUAGCACACAAACCCACUUAGCCCACAGGCAGCAGGGGUGAGGGCCCAUCCUGGCAAGGGAGAGAGGGUGGUGGACCUUGCUGCUCUAGGGGUGUGGGAACAGGCAGGACCAGCCAAGGAGGCUGCUGGAAGCUGCUGAUAGGGCAAGCCAUCUCUGAGGCCUGCCUUUGGUCCAGCAUUGGGGGCAAGGCAAGCCAGUAGCAUCUAACGGGUAGGCUGGCACGUGUUGGAAGGCUGCUAACUACACAGCCCUGGGGGAGGCAAGUGAGGCCACUGGUGUGGGGGGAGCUGAGUCCCCUGAGAGCUAGAGCAAGUCUGCAGCCCAGGCCUGCAGGAAUCUUUAGUCUGUCUCUCUGGACUCUCCUAAAGCCCCAAGGGAAACAGCCCUUCUGCACGACAGAGCAGGUGUGCCUGGUGCCCUCCCAGCCCCUUGUCAAUUGCAAAAGUGAAGUAUGACUGCCCUAUAGUUCAGUCCACUAACGAGAAGUGAGAAUUCUGAGAUUCCCCCGGAGAGUCCAACAGCACCCCUGCCUCCGGCCGGUGUCACAACCUUCACCACAGACCUGUGAGUUAGCCUAACGUGACUGCCAGGCCACCCCUAGGCACCACAGAUGGGCUCCAAAGGCCACAGGCUCAGCCUCAGGUCCAGGCACUGUUGUGGCAGAAGGGCUGUUGCCCAAGGUCCAGCAAUGCCAAGGCUUGUGUUAGCCAGACAGUGAGAAGCCCCAAGAAGCAGAAGUUGAGAGCAAGGCAGAAAGGAAAGGGCAACAUUUUCGGGAAAAAGAAAAAUGUGACUCACAUUUUUAGAAGCAAGCCAAGUUUUGUCUGUCCUCUUGAGAGUCUACAAAAGUAGCCCGGGGCUGUAGCCCAGGCUUACAGUGAUUCUGUGUGCACAAUCACGAGUCACACUACACGCCCCCAUGAAGCUAGGCAUUGGUGAAGUCCAAGUUGUCCUUGAGUAAUAAAAACUUACGUUUCUAUCUCUGGCUAUACUUGUGAAGUUUGUUACACUGAAAGCCUUGAACUUAGUCAAGGCUCAUGCCUGUAAAUCCUGGCUGCUUACAAGGCUGAGAUCAGGAGGCUGAGAUAGGGAAGAUCAUGGUUCAA